GCUCCUGCCCAAGUUGAAUUUAUAUUACAUAUUCUUUGCUUUGUUUUAAUUAUUUCUACUUGAUUUAUCUUAAACAUUCAUAUGUUUGUUUAUUAGGGUUAUUCCGAUGACAUUCUCUGUUUCACCCAAAUCAAUAAACAUUGAUAUGUUUGUUUAUUAGGGUUACUCUGAUGUCAUUCUCUGUUUCACCCAAAUCAAGAUGGAGCGAUGGCGGCCAAAGGUAGCUGAUUCCAAAAAUGCUUUAUCCAAAGUGAAAGCACGGGCAGAGAUGAAGCCAAAGGCCGGAAAGAAACUGCUGAAAGAAGCCGAAGCCGUAACCGCUGAUAAGAAGAAGAAGAGAACGAAGAAGAGCAUGGAGACGUACAGGAUCUACAUCUUCAAGGUGUUGAAGCAGGUUUAUCCUGACAUUGGAAUCUCCAACAAGGCGAUGGGAAUCAUGAACAGUUUCAUCAAAGAUAUCUCCGAGAAACUCGCUCAGGGGAGUUCCAAGCUUGCAAGGUACAACAAGAAGCCCACCAUCACCUCACGGGAGAUUCGGAUCGCGGUGCGCCUUGUUCUUCCCGGUGAAUUCGCGAAACACGUUGUUUCUGAAGGCACAAAGGCGGUCACCAAAUUUACUAGCUCUUAGGGGUUUUAAAAUAUUAGUUGUUUUAGGGUUUCGAGUCUCUAAAUUUGUAUUUCAUUGAAUCUGUUUGUUCAGUACAAAGUUAAUGAAAUAUCAU